AUGACCGGUCGAUCUGUUCGGCCCGUUGGUCAGCGAGCGACCACAGUGCCCCUAGCGACAGCGGACGUAACCACAACAGAUCGGCCAACACCUUUGUUGUUGAAUCUCUUCCGCGGCGUUCGUGGGGAGAGAGAUGGUCUCAAGUCAGUGCUGACUAGACAGACCAGGUACCCCACUGUACACACCAAUGGAGCAACCCCUUCACUACCAUCUACCCCUCUUCCUCCACAACCUGCAAGGUUUGUGUCUCCUACACCUUCCUUACCUCCUUCACCGCCUGAACGCACAAACUUCGCACCCAGCUCCCAGUCUUUACAAGUGGAGGACCUGAGUGGAGACAACGCAUCAGAGGAAGUCAGGUCUCGACCUGUAUCGGUUUCUGGUCCUGAAGAACCCGAGCCAUCCUUCGACCAGGUUGAUACAUUGACUGUUGAAGAGGAAAGACUGAGCACCCCUCCUCCACCAGCCACACCACCCCCUCCUCCUGCUGUGGUAGAAGAGCCGGAACCUGAGACACUAUCUGAGGAAACGGUUGAACAUGUUGUGACUGGACCGGACAAGUUCGGCAAAAACACUGGGAAACCACGGUUAAAAGGGAAAAGUAGCAUUAGGGAAGUCAAGUCCGUCUCCGAGAACCCUGAGGUGCCACCUUUUGACAGCCCCAAAGAAGCCCUUAAUCGAUGUCUUCAGCAACUUGAAAAUCCAGAAUGGGAGGUGAUAAUGCUGGGUCUACAAUCUUUGGUUCGUUUAAGCUGCCACCACUCUACGCUAGUCAUUCCUGUGCUUCAUCAGGUUGUGAUGGCUUUGACCAAACAUGUAAAAAACCUCCGUUCUCAGGUGGCCAGAGUUGCGUGUAAAGCAGCCACGUAUUUGUUCACUUCUUUAGGCAGAGGGAUGGAGAAUGAUAUGGACGAGUUGUGUGCGGUUCUGUUCAACAGAACGGCAGACACAAACAAGUUCCUGCGCGCAGACUGUAACAACGCACUCGACGCAAUGGUAGACAGCGUGAGUGCUCACAAAUCUGUCGGCUCUAUAAUCAACAAGGGCGCAAAGCAUCAGAACGCCAUUGUGCGUACGGCCGCAUGUCGUCUACUGCUGAGGCUGUGUACGAGGUUAGGACCUCAACGGACACUCAACCUUCCAAAGGAUACGAGGGACUCGAUCCUGAACACUGGAGCUCGUAGUUUAACAGAGGGCAGUCUAGACACCAGGAGGUAUGCCAAGGAGAUGUUUGUGCUGCUGGGUCAGGACCCCAGACUGACUCCGUUACUGAUGGAAGUAGUCCCAACCAGUGUGAUGCGCAGUAUCAGCAAAGUUCUGGCUCGGCUGACGUCUAAGUAGCGACUGACACCAGAAGAUGCAUGGAGGCUUCACUAAGAUGUUUAAAUACGGUAGCAGUGACAGAACUAUUGUACAUGACAAUAUUACCAACCCCUCACCCUCUACUCGCCUUUUCUACAGAAGUAGCCUACUUUCCACUCAAAAUAGGUCAACAAUGUUCGGGUUUACUUCUAUUGCUACCACACAAACUGGCUGCUGAUAAAAAAAAGUUUUUCUUCCAUAUAGUACCCAACACUUAUGGCAUGUUGAGAAACGAUCAAGAGGACAGAGCUUUUCUGUUGGUUUCUUCCCACAAUGUACUUGCUCCGUGUUUAAGCAGCUUAACUGUGAGAUUAAGAGGCUGUUAUAGAAUAAGUUUUUUACCAGAUACACCGAGAGUGAUUUAAUAUAAGAACACUUCCUAUUGCUGUUUUCAGAGUUUAUUUUACCUCUGCUGUUUGUAUAUGGUACGUAAGCCCUAAAUGAUUAGGAUGUUAAAUUAAUU